CCCAGCCUCAGCCCAGGUGCGCCCUCCCCCUCAAGACCUAGUCCAGUCCGCACCCACUUCUGGGCCGCAGCCAAGUGCCCAGCGCAGAGCCAGGAGGCCGCACACCCCGCAGGCGCCGCGGAGCAGCGAGGUUCCCGGCAGACGCGCUCGGCGCAGUCCUCGCCUCGGCUGGGCCAUGAAGGUCGAGUUUGCGCCGUUCAACAUUCCGCUGGCGCGGCGGCUGCAGACCGCGGCGGUGCUGCAGUGGGUCCUGACCUUCCUGCUGCUCGCGGAGGUGUGCUUUGGGGUCAUUGUGCUCCUGAUCAUUCACAACUACUGGUUCCUCUACGUCCCUUAUUUGACCUGGCUUUACUUUGACUGGCGAACUCCAGAGCAAGGAGGCAGGAGAUCCGACUGGGUCAGAAGCUGGACUGUUUGGAGGUACUUUAAGGACUAUUUUCCAAUCCAUCUCAUCAAAACGUGGGAUUUGGAUCCAAGUCGCAACUACAUAUUUGGGUUUCACCCCCAUGGAGUGCUUGUUGCUGGAGCCUUCGGAAACUUCUGUACAAAUUAUUCAGACUUCAAGGAGCUGUUUCCCGGCUUUACCGCGUAUCUUCAUGUGCUCCCGUUUUGGUUCCGGUGUCCCCUCUUCCGAGAAUAUCUAAUGAGCAGUGGGUCAGUCUCAGUUUCCAAGAAAAGUGUGUCCCACGUGCUAAGCAAAGAGGGAGGUGGAAACAUCUCAGUCAUUGUCCUUGGGGGAGCAGAAGAAUCACUGGAGGCCCAUCCUGGAAAAUUCACUCUGUUCAUCCGCCAGCGGAAGGGAUUUGUGAAAAUUGCUUUGACCCAUGGUGCUUAUCUGGUGCCAGUGUUUUCUUUUGGUGAAAAUGAACUAUUUAAACAAGUUAGCAACCCUGAAGGCUCCUGGCUUCGAACUGUGCAGGAGAAACUACAGAAGAUCAUGGGAUUUGCUUUGCCACUGUUCCACGCUAGAGGAAUUUUUCAGUACAGUUUUGGCCUAAUGCCCUAUAGGAAGCCCAUCCACACUGUUGUUGGCCGCCCAAUCCCUGUUCGUCAGACCCCACACCCAAGCCCAGAGCAGAUUGAGGAGUUGCAUAAGACCUACAUGGAGGAGCUGAGGAAAUUAUUUGAAGAACACAAAGGGAAGUAUGGUAUUCCAGAACAUGAAACUCUCGUUUUUAGGUAACUGUCCUCCUUAAAGGUAUACAGGAGGAUGAGGGGACAUCCCACUGAAAGACUGGGUAUUUUCAACAAGUUACUUUUUAAAAAUUUGACUAUGGAAUCAAAUUUACAACUGAAAAGUAUUAUUUAUGUUGACAAAUGUCGAUGUUUCUCUGUGGUCACUGAAAAUCCAGUGGGUGACUCUAGGGUAAGCUUGGAGAUGAUUAUAAGCCUUUUACUAAUCUUCCUCAUUUAGGAAGGUAAACAUUGUUUUAUAAGUUAAGGAAAGGUUUAGAAUUAUUCAUGUGCUUAAAAAAAUGACAGCUUCAAAAAAUGAUUAGACCCUUUUACUGAACAUGACAAUAAUUUAAUGUGGUGUUUUCACUGAG